GAACAGAGACAGGCAAAACACAAGAGCUUGCAAUAUGAAGGCAUUCAUAAGGAGCCCUGCACUGUUCAGUUCAUUACUCCUAGUGUUAAUCCUGAUGCUCUCAACCAGGAAUUCAGCCCGUGGCAGGGCAGUAGGGCCUCAACUCAACAAAGUGAGAGGCUCAGAGCAGAAAACGAGGAAUGACUGCCCAACCGAAACAGACUCCCUGUUCCCUACAAGUGUGGAAGUCAGCAUCAACAUCAGUAACAUGAACGAUACCACUAAAAUGGCUCAGGAUGUCAAUCUCCGGUCUUUGUCUCCAUGGAAUUACAGCAUCACCAAGGAUCCCAACAGGUUCCCCCAGGUGAUCGUCGAGGCCAAAUGCCGCCACUACAGCUGUGUGGACUCCACGGGCCGGGAGGACUACAGCGUGAACUCUGUCCCCAUUCGGCAGGAGAUCCUGGUCCUCCGACGGAAGCUGAGGGACUGUCAGCAUGUCUACCGCCUGGAGAAACAGCUCAUCACUGUGGGCUGCACCUGCGUGACGCCCCUCAUCCAACACCAAUCCUGAGAGAAGCCAGUAGGGCAGGAAGGAUUUGUCAUCUGAGUGGUCACCAUGGGUUCAUAAAGCCUAGUCAAACUCCCAUUGGAAAGAGUUGGA